CGGGACAAACGGAGGCCUAGUCUCUGGCGCGCCUUAGGCCUACUUCGAAGCCUAGGACCACGCUUUCUGAAAGAGGGAAGCCAGGAGAAGGUGAACGGAAGGGGAAAUAGUGCGAAGAAGGGCGGAAAGAGGAAGGAAAAAGGGACGAAAGAAGCAGGGGAGAAAGGGAGAAAGGAAAGACCUAUGUAUGAGGGCAUCAGGCUUCCGAGUGACUACGUUUCGCAUCCGCCUUGAGAACAAAAGUCAGAUUAUCGGAAAUAACAACAGUAGCGAUAAGAGCAAACCAUAAAUGAAGUAAUAAAUGACUGUUUCCCGUGACUAGACCCAUGCUAUGGCCACCUCCCAGGAUGCCUAUUACCUGUCUCUCCUGGCGCUGGCCGAGAGGUUCCGCACUCAGGAGCCGGCCAACAUCAAGCGGUGCGUGCAGUGUCUCCAGGCGGUGCUCACCUUCCGCCCUCCGCCCAAGGUCGAGGCUCGCACACACCUGCAGAUCGCCAACUUACUCAUCCAGUACACGAAUAACACCCAGUUAGCGCAGGAUCACCUUGAGCAAGCAUGGACUCUUUCUAUGAACAUCGCCGGCUUUGACGAUGUGCGUUCUGAGGCAGCCAGUGAACUUGCGAAACUGUACGAGCAGACAGGAGGCGUUGCGAGGUCCAAGCCUUUGUUGCGCAGGGCCAUCGAACUCUCCCGCCAGAGCGUCUAUUGGCAUUGCCGAAUCAUAUUCCAAGCGGCUCAACUGAGUUUAACGGAGGUUGACUAUGCAAUGGCUAGUACCUACUUGCAAAUGGGUUUGGAAUACUGCCACAUGCAGGGUGUUGCCUAUAACCAGGUGCUUUUUCUUCUCAGCAAAAUUAUGGUGAUGCUCCUAGAAGGCCGUGGUGCUGCUGAGGUCCAGGCGUUGCUCGCUCAGGCCAACCAGAGUGUCGAGCAGUACAAUGGAUCACAAGGCCAGAAGGAGCACCUCAGGGUGUUUUAUUUGGUGCUGCUGGUGUGUCACAACCUGAACAGUGGUCAGGUCAAGAGUGUCAAGCCGGCACUCAAGCAACUUCAACAGUCUAUACAGAAUAUUACCCAGCUGUCUGAACAGGAGGUUAUCCCAAGCAGCACGAGUGAGAUGUUUGCAUGGUUACCUCGCGAACAACUCUGCGUCUUGGUGUACCUCGUCUCCGUGAUGCACUCCAUGCAGGCAGGGUAUAUGGAGAAGGCGCAAAAGUACACUGACAAAGCGCUGCUACAGAUCGACAAACUAAAGGCUGAAGAAAAUACAUCAAUUCUGAGGUCUUUGCAAUUGCUUCUUCUUGAGCACAGUGUUAUGUGCCACCUGAUAAUUGGCUCAAAGGCCCAAGCCAUUAAAGAAAUCGCAAAGGUGUGCCAACUCCUGCAAGAGGAUGCUAAGCAGUUACAGGCUCACCGUGCUCAGCUGCACACUCUACUUGCAGUUUAUGCCAUGAGUAUGAAUAAUUCUGAAGCUGCUGAAAUACAGUUCAAUGCUGCUUUAAGGACCUCAAAAAACAGAGACCUCUGGAUCUUUGCAAACCUCAACCUGGCUGUAGUUUACCUAAGAUGCAAGCGGGAGAGGGACUUUGCCGACAUCAUGGACAGAAUAAACCCCGAGACGCUGCCCACCCAGUCCCAGAGCUUACGAGCCGCUUCCUUUUAUGUUCAGGGCCUUCACGCCUUCUUCACAAGCCGUCACAAUGAUGGAAAGAGAUUUCUGAGAGAGUCCCUGAAGAUGGCCAACGCGGAGGACUUGAAUCGCCUCACGUCCUGCUCCCUGGUGCUCCUUGGACACAUCUUCCUGGCCCUCGGAAACCCCAGGGAGGCGCACAACAUGGUCACGCCGGCCAUGCAGCUGGCUUCCAAAAUCCCCGACCUGCAUCUUCAGCUGUGGUCCUCAGCUAUUCUAAAAGACUUGUACCGGCAGUUUGGGGACGUCCCCCAUGAGCAGGAGAGCAGCCAGAACCACUACAACUUCUCUCAGACGUUACUCACCGACCACACCACGGCCUCUCUCCUUCCCGAACACAGCCUUAUAAAGUGGACGGACGGGCCAUUCCCCCCCUUCAUUGCGGAAAAGGUUUAGAGGAGGGACACGUCUCUGCAGCUGUAGGAUGGCAUAGGGUAAUGUAAGGGAGGGUUGUGACCAGUGAGUGUAACGCUGAGUGAUCAUUUAUAUUCUGAAAGUCCGUUAUUUCCCUCUCCUGUUAAUCCUUACCUUAUAGCUCUGACUACUUAAUGUUUUAGUAUUCCAUCGACCUGAUUUUCAUCUCGUUAAACUCUUACCGAGUACAGAAUAUUAUGUACUGUGGAUUGGGUGGAUCAUGUGCCAACAAAGAAGAGGUUGGGAAGAAAAACAAAAAAGAUAUAUGGGAAAAUAUUUAAUGUUUAUAAAUAAAAUUUCCAUUCACCUGAAAUAGAUUUACAUUUUAUACGUUGUGUGAGAUAAUCAAAAUUCAGUAAUUACAAUAUAGAGCAGACUCUCUCAGUGGCAUUUUCUGUAGAGGAAUGCCAUGAUUUUUAUUUAAGUUAAGAUAUGAUUUGUAAUAUUUCUGUCACGUGACUUUUGAGUACUUUCAUGUACCAUACACUGAUAAGUUUUAUUAUUAUUACACUUUUUAUUAUUAUUAUUAUUAUUAUUAUUAUUAUUAAUAUUUAUAUUAUUUAUAUAUAUAUUUUUUUCAUUAUUAUUAUAGAUAUGAAAGAGUAAACUUGUUCAAAAUAGACAAAAAUCAAAGACAAGAGAAAGGGGAGUUAAACUUAAAGUACCAUUUGUUACUUUAUUGUCAUGUAAUAGCCACAAAGAUUGUUCCAGUUGUAGAGUUUGUUGUAGCUCGUCAUCUCAAAGUUAGCAUAUUAACUUGCUUUAUGAGCUUUAGUUAUCAUUCGCAUUUGAAUUUCUCAUUUCCCCACAAGAAUUUCUCGUCCUUUUUUUUUUUUUUUUUUUUUUUUUUUGACAGCCUCUGCUAGGCUUGCUUGCAUGUUAAUAAUUUUUCUCCUGUUGUUUCACACUGACCUAAAUGCCAUUAAAGCAGCAAUAACAUCUUUUCACAGAAAUGCUUUAGAAAGCUUUAGAUAUUCAUCCAGGAACCAUGCGGAAAGAUUUGAUUACAAGCCAGAUGCUGUUGAUAUGAUUCCCCAAGCUCCGGUCUAAUGCAUUGCUGAUUGUAGUACUGUCAAAGAGACUUUCGUGCGUUUGUUUCUGGCAGUUUCUUAACCCCAUAGGCUAGGAAUAUUCAUGUGUAUUCAUCUUGGGUUUUCCUUACCUCUGUCAUCAUGGUGGGUCAAAGAUAUACUGAUGUGCAAAUUGCAAUCAUGUCUCUGUUAAACCAGUGUGUUUCUAAUUGCAUAAAUAAUUUGUGACUAAAAUUAAUAAGGGAGAACAGGAAACUGAAAGUGCAGUGAAUUGCAACAGUGCAUUAUAUCCAUUUUUAUUUAUAUGUCAUAUUAUAAGUGUGACAGGGGAAUUUAAUUUUUUUCUCAGUGUUGAAAAUUUUGCUUUGCAAUAUCACCAGUGAAUAGUUUUAUUUUUGUAAAAAAUAAUCUAAUUGUAAUAAUAUAGUAAAACCUUUAUGAUAAACAGAGAUGAAAAAGUAAUUUGAAAUUAUGAAUGCUGCUUCAUACAAAUUACCAUAGCAUUUAUGCAUGUCAGUCAACAUACCUAUGUUUUUAAUAUGUGAUUGCUGCUUCUGAUUUUGCCAGAGGAAAAAAAAAGAAAGAUAUAUGUGUGAACUUACCGAAACUUUCCAGUACGCUUUUAUGUGACAAAUAACAUUAGUCAGGAUGUAUAUUCUCCUUCAAAGAUUUUCAUGACAGACAGUGCCUCUGUAUUUUUUGAUGAAUUAUGCAUUGUUGAUUUUUCCAUGUGUGGUAUUAUGCUUAUGAGCUUUUGAGAAAUUGUUUGCUUUCAUUGGUAAUUUUUCUUUCCAGUGCAUAAAUGUUGUAUAGAAAUGUCGUGAUGUAUAUUUUUUUCAUUUUUUUAAGUGCAUUAUGGCCUACUUCUCAUUCAGGAGAACGUUGUUGUUAAUUUUUUAUUAUAUAUUAACUUCCAUUUACUUUUGAUAGAAAGUAUUUAGUGUUGGUAUAGGUUGUAACUUUCUCAAGAUAAAUGCACAAAGAUGUCAUAAAUGUGUGCUUAGUUCGCAAAGAUAAAAAGCAGCACUUUUAUGCAAAAGAGGAUUCUCAGUUUUAUCUUUAAAUCUAUAUUAUACAGAGCGACAGCAUUUUUUUUUUUUUUUUUUUUUUAUUGGUUUAUCUGUUGAGUGCUUGUAUUAGAUAUUAAGGCAAACCUUCAGGAGACGCAUCAGGAAAAUUUCACUCGUUGAAAUUUGUGUCAGAUAGAUUCAGUAGGAGCUGCAUAUUAUCAGGCUUUUGUUAAUAAGGGAGAUAGAUAAUGGUUGAUAGAUAUCGGUGGCGCAAAAUUAGCGGUAGUUUAGAAAGCAUAAGCUAAUCAUAAGGUUUUUGGGUUUCAGAUUACUUGUUAAUUUAACAGCAUGUUGUCCAUCAUGUAUGUACUCGAGAAUAUGUUGUUGCUUUAAGCAUGACAUAUGUUGCUUCUUGUGUUGUUCUGCAUACUGAUAUGAAAAGGGAAAUGAUGUGUAGACCAUAAAAAACUCAUAUUUUUAUGCUUGUGUGUGUGUGUGUGUGUGUGUGUGUGUGUGUGUGUGUGUGUGUGUGUGUGUGUGUGUGUGUGUGUGUGUGUGUGUGUGUGUGUGUGUGUGUGUGUGUAUAUGUGUGUAUAUGUGUGUAUAUGUGUGUGUGUGUGUGUGUGUGUGUGUGUGUGUGUGUGUGUGUGUGUGUGUGUGUGUGUGUGUGUGUGUGUGUGUGUGUGUGUGUACACACGCUUGCGCUUGUUUGUUUAUCUGUCUGUCUGUAUCUGUCACUUUCUCUGUAUCUGCAUCUAUGAGAAUGUAUUGUCUAAGUGAAAACAAGUAUGUAAAUGUAAGUGAGUGAGUGAGAAAGCUCCAUGCUAGUCAAAACCAGGUUGUUAGUUCAUGCAUGGAACCUUGUAUGUGCAUUUAGAGAAGAAAUAUGUAAACCAAGAAAUGUAAAAAGUGCCAAUUGAUGUGCAUUUCAUAAAAUUAUAUUCUUGGCAGUGUAUUAAAAGGAGCAGUUAAAUGAUUCAUUAUAUGGUCUUUACAAACAGGCUUUAAGAAGUGAGUCAUUAAAACUUAACACUAAGCAGAUAUUAUAUAGCUUCUACUGUGCUAAAAUAUAUAGUAUAAAUUUCUGAUAUUUGCAUUUCAGGUAUUUAACCAUUGUUGAUAUUCAUCUUUGCAGUUGAUAAUUAUUCAGUUGAUAUUACCAUUUUUUGUGUAUAAUAUCCUUCAUACUUGAUAAACCAUGCAGAUAUAAUAUUUUUUAAAGUUUGUAGUUUCACAUCUGAGCCAAGAGAUAGUCUUUUGUGUGUGAAUGUGAUUCAGAAUAUGAUGAAUUAAUGAUUAAGUGGAAAUUGAUAGUGCCAAGACUUUUUUUUACUUCAUAUUUGGUUGUUUCAUUUUUUUAUUUCAGUAUUUUGAAAGUUUUGAAUCAUCUACUUAAACUUAACGUUCCUAAAAUUUGCCAUUAAAUAAAUUUGUAAUUUUUUUCUGUUCUUUAUUGGUUAAUAAUAUUUUUGAAAUAAUAUUAAAAAAAAUCAUGCCUGUGAGUCAGGGCUUAGGAUAACUUUUCAAAGGGUUGUUUUUAACCCUUGGCCACUGGGCGGCAUCUACGUACAUGCCUUGGUAUGCUUGGACUAUAUUCCGGGUGGCACGUGCAUACAUGCCAUGAUGUCAAUCCUGUUUUUUGGGGGUAUGUAUGGUCAUGCCACGCACACAAGGGUGAUGACACAAACUCCCGACAGUGGAGCCCGAGCCACUAUAACUAACCAGGAGAGAGGGCUUGCAUGUUAGAAAAUCACUUGUCGGCAUUGGGUUAAAGAAUAAUCCAGGUGUGUUUUCUCUGGAGAGCGUGCAGUGUGACAUAAGUUGUGGGUUGUGUUUUUUAUGUAUCUUGAUCUCAAAGCAAAUUUAAUGUUACCGGAAUGAGAAUGCUGAAUGUUAAAAAGUAAUGAGUUUACCAGAGCUGGGGAAUAACGCCAAUACUCUUGAGACUUCAGAAUUGUCCUCCACAUAUUCCAAAAUUCCCAACGAUUGCAACUCACAGGAAAAAUGACUCAUUCGUUGCUGGUAGUUGUUCUUGUGGUACUGGACCCCCAAAAGAUAAUGGUGAAACUGAGUACUGCUAGAGAAGUGCUAGCAGUGCUAUUGAGUAUGCCUUUCAGUCCUUUAGCAUUUUUAAAAAGGACUACCAGAGGCAACACUGGAAGUUUUUGCAUUUCUUUCCAGGAGGAUGCAAGUCAGUAAUAUUUUUCUAAUGCAAAUUGAUAAAUGAAGGACAUUUCUAAAGUCUUGAAGGACUGGCAGUAUUUCCCAGUUCUGAAAUUUACUACUUCUAGUGUACAUAUUAUUUGUAGUAGGAUUUCUCUUUGUCUUAAGCCACUUCCUUCUGAAAGCAUCCUGGCAUGACAGUUUUUACAUUCCUGUAUUUUUUCUGUUGUGUAUUAUCUGAUAUUGAUGAAAGGAAUGUUGCUAACACUAAUGAUGAUGAAGAUGGUUAAAAAGAUAAAAUUAGGUAAAAUGGAUAAUGAUGGCGAUGAAUAUCAUUAGUAAUACUCAGUAGAUAGUAAAUAUUAUGGCAUGUUUAUUUUUGAUAUCAGUAUUCCUACCAUCAGCUUCAUUAUCAUUAUUGUUAGAAUCAUCACAAUAAUUUCUGUUUUAUUUUUCAUCAGUUUGAAGAUCAGGAAUUCUGUGUUCUUGAUAAGUCACUCCUGAUAUCUGUGAACCCAGUUCUUUAACAGAGCCAGAUGGUCAGACCAGUAACAGUGAUUUUAGCACUGUAUCACUAGAUCUCUAUAUCUCUCUUUGAGCAGUCUUUUUUUUUCGCAUGAACCUCCCUCUUCCCUGUAUACAAACACAUACAUUCACUCAGUCAGUCAGUCAGUCAGUCAGUCAGUCAGUCACUCACUCACUUUCUCAUUCUCUCACUCACUCACUUACUCACUCACUCACUCACUCACUCACUCACUCACACUCUCUCAUUCACUCACUCACAUACUCUCACUCACUCACUCACUCACACUUACUCAUGCUCACUCACUCACACUCACUCUUUCACUCACACUUACUCACUCGCUCACACUCACACUCACUCUCACUCUCACUCGCUCACACUCACUCUCAUUCACUCUCCCUCGCUCACUCUCACUCACUCACUCACUCAUUCCCACUCACUCACACUCACUCACCCACACUCACUCACUCACUCACUCACCCACACUCACUCACCCACACUCACUCACUCACCCUCACUCACUCGCUUACUAACCCACCCACACUCAUUCACUCACCCUCACUCAUUCACUCACUCACUCACUCACUCACUCACUCACUCACUCACUCACUCUCUCACCAACACUCAUUCACUCACCCACACACUCACUCACUCACUCCCUAACCCAUACUCACCCACACUCACUUGUCCUUCUAACUAUAAGUUAACUUGAGAUGUUUCAGUAUUUCCAUUGUGCUGUAACCUCUAUUUAUCAUAAGAUGAGUCUAAAAUUGUAACACAUUUGACUACAUUCAUAUUCCUUUUUUACUCUAUGGAAUAUCACCCAUGAAAUUCCCUUUAUUUUGUUGUGAAAAGUUGAAAUGUGUUUGUGUAUGACAUAGGGAAUGAUACUUUUUUACUAGAUAGCAUCAGGUAAGGAUUCUGUGUGGGCCUUUCCCUCCCCCCAUGUCUGCUAUAAGCAUGAUUUCAUAUGCGGUAAAGCACUCUCUCGUUUGCUUUUGCGUUGAAAGUUUUCCUCGGCUUGUUAUUUCUUCAGCAGGAGAUUCAGGUUUUUGAGUAAAUUGUUUUUUUGUUUUGUUUUUUAACUUUCUAAAUUUCCUGAUUUGUUAAAGGUCUGGGGUUUCAAUGUUUUAGAUUUAUUUUCUCUUGACUCAGUUUUGUGAUUUCUUUUGAAGUAAAUGGAGUAAGAUUUUUUUUUUUUUUUUUUUUUUUAUUAUUAUUACUUAGGAUAAGAAGGAUGUACUUUUAUUCCACACAGUACUUUUAUUUAUACAUAUAACUUGUUCCUUUUCUUAUAACAUUGCAAUCUUUCAUGGUAUGGGAGGCAAUAGGAAAUGCAUUAUCUAAAACAGGAGAUAAUUUUAAAAUGCAAAGAAGAAAAAAGACAGCAUGAAAAAUUUAGCAUGAGUAUUUUUAGCUGCUAGUGAUCGGCUUUCUGUUAAUUUGACAUUUUCUGUUGGUUUUGCACUGUUCUCUGUUUCCACAGUUCUGUGCUGUAGCAGUUUAAGGCUGGUUUUCCAAAUUGUCAAAGAUGGAUAUAAUACAGAUUUGACAAUUCAUUUGGAUGGCAGUUUUAUCUGCAUUGGCAGAAGGGUGGGUAAUGCUUCUUAUGUGAAUCUGAGUUAAUUGAAUGGCUGCGGAAAACAGUAUCUGUUUAAGUAAGUGUUAUUUAGGGCUUGGGUUUACGAUAAUGAUGAUUAAGAUUCUCAUAGAUAAUGUAAGGUUAGAUAUGACUUAGGCUGAUAAUGUUAAAGAUGAAGAUUAUAUAUAAUGUAAUUAUACAUUUUUCAUAUAAACCUUUUGUAUACAGUUUUACAUGUUGGUAAAUUUGAAAUUCCUGUUAACAUAUAUAGGUUUCUGUGAGUAUAUAUGUAUGUCCUAAUGAUCAUGUACAUACGCAUACACAGACAAGUACAUGCAUGCUCAACAUACAAUAACAUAACAUAGCUACAACCACACCCAGUCCUACACCCAUGCCUAAACUCGUAUACAUACCUAUACCUAAAAUCCAUACCAAUACACCAUCAAAAUACACACAUGCAGAUGCACACCCAUACAUGCAUGUAUACACGCACUAACAUUAUUAUAUUUAUAUUAAUAGUUAGUAUGCAUAAAUACAAAUUUAUAUAUAUAGUGAAAAAGUAAAUAAGGUAGGGAAUACUUGAUAAAUGCAAAGAAAGAAUGAUAAUCAACAUGAGAAAAAGAUGCAAAUAACAAUAGCAAGAUUGUUAAAUCAAAUGGACUACAUGAUUUGCUUUAUCCUUUAAAAGUGUUGUUAAUUUUGCAAUAUUUCAAUAAGUAUUUUAGCCCCUGGUCCAUUUCUGGACUGAGUGAUUUGAUAAGACCUUGUGUUCGUCACUCUCUUACUCUCCCUCACUCUCCCUUUCCCACUCCAUUUCCCUCUCCCUCUCCCUCUCCCUCCUCUCCCUCUCCCUCUCCCUCUCCCUCUCCCUCUCCCUCUCCCUCUCCAUCUCCCUCCUCCCAUUUCCUCUCCCUCUCACACCCCCUCCCCCAUCUUCUUCCUCCCUCCUCCCACUUCCUCUAUAUCCUCCCUUUCUCCUCCUUUCUCUUUUAUCAUCUUCCUGUCUCUCCUGUCCUCUCAGUCACCCUUUCUGUUUCAUGAUUUCUGGGACAUGCAUGUGUAUGACCAUUUAAGGAACCCAGUAAAAUGACCAGAUGAUAAUAUAUUCACUGCUGUACCUUUAUUUUUGGAAGACAAUUUUCUCUUAAUUUUAAGUAAGGUUAUGUAUAUUAUUUUUUGGAUAUUGUGUUUGAUUUUGAGUUCGAUGUCAUGGUUACUCUGAAUGUAUUCAAGAGACAGUAUUGAUUUGAAUUAAUUUUGAAAUGGUUUGGCGUACAAGUUUUAUUCAUGAUUGGUGAAUACUGUCUUCAUUAUUGCAAAUUUUCUCAAUUCCAGUCAUUAUUUGAUUUGAUUUACCGAUGAUGUUAUCCAGGUUAUAUGGAUUGCUGAGGGGCAAGUACUUGUAACUUUGAAAGUUAUGAUAACAAAAUUAAUCUAUUUUUACCACCUGGAAAAUGUUUGAAGCUUUAUCAUUAUUAUUUUGAGUAAAGCCUUCUUUUUUUCUUAAAUGUUAGUGACACAGGCAAGUUUUAGAAUAUUUCUGGUAUUUCCAUGACAUAGAUUAAAAUCCCAUGAGAGUAUACUUGUCUUUUCUGUGUCCAUUUUAAGUCUGUAUCACAUUCCACACUAAUAAUGUGUUAGUUUAUGUUUAAGAUGUUCAUUGUACCUUUGGCUGUUAAAAUGGAUUUAUAUAUAUUUUUUUCUUGUGCAAAUAUCCAAUUUAAGUAAUCAUGUCUAGAGCCAUACAAGAAUAAACGGAAUGGAAUGUAAAAGAUAGAAUAAAAAUGGAAAAAUAAAACAAAAUACUUGAAUAAGUAUUUUCAAGAGAGCAUACGACGCAGACUGGACUUUCCCACGCAAAUUUGUUUCUGCUGAGUGUGUGAUUGAAAAUGGCUGAUCUAGUCACAAUUAUACUUUCACCUGUUUGUGUUCAAAUUUCAUUAAGGGUGCCACAGUUUCACAUACAUUUGUGUCUUGAUAAAUAUAUUGUCAUCAUCAUUUUGUCUUUUAUAUUUUAUAUGUAAUAACUAGUUCAAGAUUUUUUAAAAAGAGAAUCAAUGUGGAUUUUUUUUUUUUUUUUCAUAAGAUGUUAUUGUGCAAAAGUAAUUAUUAAAGAUAUUCAGUAUU